AUGGCGUCCACAUUGAGACUCGGAACGUCUGCUCUGCGUUCUUCUACCUUUGCCAGCAAGCCCGUUGUUCAGUCUGCUGCCUUCAAUGGCCUGCGCUGCUACUCGAGCAAGGCUAAGUCUCUGAAGGAGACCUUCGCCGACAACCUUCCCGCCGAGAUCGAGAAGGUCAAGAAGCUCAGAAAGGAGCAUGGCAACAAGGUCAUCGGUGAGGUCACUCUUGACCAGGUCUACGGUGGUGCCCGUGGCAUCAAGUCCCUCGUGUGGGAGGGCUCCGUCCUCGACUCCGAGGAGGGUAUCCGCUUCCGUGGUCUUACCAUCCCCGAGUGCCAGAAGCUCCUCCCCAAGGCCCCCGGUGGCCAGGAGCCCCUGCCCGAAGGCCUCUUCUGGCUGCUCCUGACCGGCGAGGUCCCCUCCGAGCAGCAGGUCCGCGACCUGUCCGCCGAGUGGGCUGCCCGCUCCGACCUCCCCAAGUUCGUUGAGGAGCUCAUCGACCGCUGCCCUAGCACUCUCCACCCCAUGGCCCAGUUCUCUCUCGCCGUGACCGCCCUCGAGCACGAGUCUUCCUUCGCCAAGGCCUAUGCUAAGGGUAUCAACAAGAAGGACUACUGGAACUACACCUUCGAGGACUCCAUGGACCUCAUUGCCAAGCUGCCCAACAUUGCCUCCCGCAUCUACCGCAACAUCUUCAAGGAUGGCAAGGUCGCCCCCAUCCAGAAGGACAAGGAUUACUCCUUCAACUUGGCCAACCAGCUCGGCUUCGGCGGCAACAGCGACUUCGUUGAGCUGAUGCGUCUGUACCUGACCAUCCACACCGACCACGAGGGUGGCAACGUCAGCGCCCACACCACCCACCUGGUCGGCAGCGCCCUGAGCUCCCCCAUGCUCUCCCUGUCUGCCGGUCUCAACGGCCUGGCUGGUCCCCUGCACGGCCUGGCCAACCAGGAGGUGCUGAACUGGCUCACCAAGAUGAAGGCCGCCAUUGGCAACGACCUGAGCGACCAGGCCAUCAAGGACUACCUGUGGUCCACCCUGAAGGGCGGCCAGGUCGUUCCCGGCUACGGCCACGCCGUCCUCCGCAAGACUGACCCCCGCUACGUGUCUCAGCGCGAGUUUGCCCUCCGCAAGCUGCCCGAUGACCCCAUGUUCAAGCUGGUCAGCCAGGUCUACAAGAUCGCCCCCGGUGUCCUGACCGAGCACGGCAAGACCAAGAACCCCUUCCCCAACGUUGAUGCUCACUCUGGUGUGCUCCUGCAGUACUACGGCCUGACCGAGGCCAACUACUACACCGUCCUGUUCGGUGUGUCGCGUGCUCUGGGUGUCCUGCCCCAGCUGAUCAUCGACCGUGGUCUGGGUGCCCCCAUCGAGCGCCCCAAGAGCUUCAGCACCGAGGCUUACGCCAAGCUGGUCGGCGCCAAGUUCUAA